AUGCCUCCAAAGCGAAAGAGGAACGAGCGGCCAUCCGACGCUGGAGCAAAUCGGCCGGCUCCUCAUCGUCCUUCCGACACAAACCUCGCCCAGCACGAACGAGAUUUCCAAGAUAGUCCUUCAUCGCAGAAUCGUCGUGCAUCAAGCGGUCGCAAUACAAGGAGGAAUGCCGACCGUCGCGAUUCGUCAGGCAAUCAACUAGCCGCUACGGGUCAUCGAGGCCCCGUCUCUCCAUCAACUGUUCGACCAUCUAGUUCAUCGUCGCAGGCUGCUCCAUCUACGAUACCCUCUACGCCAUCUGCUCCUCCGCAAUCUAGCCAACCUCGACCUCCCAUUCCUUCCAACUAUAACUUCGCUGUAUUAACAGACUCGCGACUCUCCACGUGGCAGCAGAAAGGCCGCCAGGAUGUUGUUGAGCAUGGUAUCAAGUCUCGUAACGACGAAGACGUUGAAGAAAUCUCAACUAUAUCUCAAGAGUUCACACGUGCUGUUCUUGAAGGGCGCCUUAACCCAACCGACGCAGGAAUUUGCGUGAAACAAAUACUCGGACCAGCGGUCGAGAAUGCCGAUGGUCCUGGGUUCGGGUUUGAUGCACAGAGGCUAUUCCUCGACACGCUCUCGAUUUUCAUCGACUCUGAAGAUGGUGCGGCUAGGCCACAACUACGAGACUUUGUUGUUGCCACGGAGAUAUCUCCCAAGAUCUUGCGCGAAGUAUUGGACGCGCCGGCCUUACAGCAACUUGGGUUAAUCCGUGAAACCUUCGUCAAAUUAGGCAUCAGAUAUGCCACAAAUCAACUGUACCGACAAGCUAAUUAUAACCUGCUUCGAGAAGAGUCUGAGGGAUACUCUAAGCUUGCUGCAGAACUCUAUCGCACACCGUAUUACGCUCGAGACCACCAUGACUUUGCCCUUGUGCAAGCUUGUUGGGAGCGUGUGAAGGGUUUAAUUGGAACGUUCGAUCUUGAUGUUGGCAGAGUUCUGGAUGUUGUCAUUGACGUUUUUUCUGCAACGAUGUUAAGAAACAUCGUAUUCUUCUCGAGAUUUUUGCGAAUUAGUUCUUGGUGGCCUCGCAAUCAGGUCGAGCAUGCAGAAAGGGUGUUCGCAGGCGGCCUACCAAAAUGGGCUUUGCCACAAUAUGAAAACACCAGUCUCGAGGAUCUCAAAGCCGAGCUUGUCGAACGGUGUUAUCAGCGCGACCUGACGUUCUGGGAUAGAGCUCGAGAAAUUCACCUAGAUGCCUUUUUUGAGCUUGGCGGAAGACGUGUUGAAGAUAUCGAUCAAUACGACUCUACGGAAACUACUUCCGGUCCUAACUCGAAUAGCGACUCUACUCUCGAUUGGAUAAGAACUACGAAGACCCUUCCACCGUGCGGCAAUAAGAUAGCUGCGCAGUUAUUGGGCUUCAAAUUUCGAUUCUAUGCGUCCGACGCUCGAGCUAAGUUCGAAGCACUACCGGCGAAUCUGUACUAUCUUGCCGCCUUCUUCAUCAAAAUUGGGUUUAUUUCUCUGCCUGAUCUUUACCCUCACCUCUGGCCGAGCGAUACCCAGAUGGAAGCCUUGAGGGAACGACGAGAAAAGGAGCUCGAGGAAAAAGAGUUGCUUAAGAGACACGGCAACGAGCCAAACGCUCUCCUUACAGCUGGAGCUCUUACCGAUGACACCUUGCCAACAUCUUCCAAACUCCGGGAAUCUACGGCUGCGAAUGGUGACAGCAACAAGCAAGAUGCGAAUACUACGAAGGAAGACGACGAGACGAGUCUGCCCGACCCACAAGAGGCUCAUAAGGCAGAUCUAGUAACCCACUUGUUGGUUGUGGGUGCCAUCCCUGAAGCUUUAUUCAUCAUCGGUCGCUUUCCUUGGCUUCCCGAAGCGUAUCCCGACGAAAUAUAUCCAGCUCUUAAUCGUAUUUUACUACAUUCUAUCAACAAAGUCUUCGAAGAAACCCGGCCUAUUGAGGUUCGACCCGUGACCAACCAUCCCAUCAAAGCAGAACUAGCUCAGGAUCAAUCUGGGAUGACAAAGGGCAACCUGAAGCUUACCGACGGCUCCCCUGUAAAAAUUCUGAAAUGGCCCCAUCCCGAUGGUAGCCACAAAGGCAUCAUCUACCGGUUUUACCUCGACGAAUGGGCAGAUAACGUUCCUAUAUGCCAAACAGUUGAUGACGUUUUCACGCUCUGCAGCACGCUCCUCAACGUAUCCGGCGUUAACAUCGGAAGGGAACCUUCUUUGGUCAAGAAAUUAGCCGCUAUUGGCGUGAAAAGCUUCUUACAAGACCAGUCGCCAGGAAAUGCAGCGCGUUGGCAAGAUCUCCUUCGACGGACACUUGUCCCAUCGCUGUGCCUUUGCGAUGCCAACGUCGAUGCCGUAGGUGCGGUUUGGGAUCUUCUUAAGUACUAUCCGACACAGGUUCGCUAUAAUAUUUACUCGGAGUGCUAUGAAGGGCAAAUAUCUCGAAUUCCUGCCAUGGCUAAAGCUUUCAGACAUGCCAAAGCAAGCACAAUAGCGACUUUAAAACGGCUUUCUUACCAGAACAUUUCUAGUUCUGCAAAGAAACUCGCCAAAGUAGCACUGUCGUCGCCCGGUAUUGUAUGCAAGGUCGCCCUUGAACAGAUCGAGGCCUAUACCAAUCUUAUUGAGGCAUUUGUAGAGUGCACGAAGUAUUUUACAGAAAUGGGCCAUGACAUUCUUGUUUGGUCUCUCUUGAGCUCAUUGGGUGGCAAAGAAAGGAGCAGAACCCAGGAGGCAUCUAUACUCUUGACCAGUCGAUGGCUGCAGGCUCUAUCCAAAUUUUCGGGAAGGGUAUUCCGACGGUAUAGCAAUAUGGAUCCGACGCCCGUCAUUUAUUACGUGAAUGAUCAAAUCACUCACGGGAAUCCCACUGACUUAAUCAUUCUGCGGGAGCUCAUCACUUCCAUGGGCGGAAUUGUCUCGGACAUUGAUUUCACGGACGCCCAAUUAUUCGCCCUGAGCGGUGGUGAGGUUCUACGACGCCAAAUGCUGGUUAGUUUAGGCGAUAAACGGUACGAGUCCGCUAAGAGUGCUGCUCGUCUUAUGAAGGCUUUAGUGCAGACAGAUCUCGCUUGUCGACUCCUAACAAACAUGGCCCAGUACCGGCAAUCCGCCAUCUAUCAUCUACCGGAGAAUGAAACACAUAUCAAGUACUUGGCAACCGUGAUUGACGACUCACAGCAAGCUCUUGUUCAAUAUGUAGAGCUGCUGCGAAAUAACCUAACCCCCGAGCAAUUCGAUGCACUUAUACCUAACAUCCCACGGUUGAUGACGGAUUUUGGCCUUGACGCUAAUCUUGCCUUUAUGAUAGGCCGAGCCAGUCUCCAAUAUUUCAUAAUGGGUCCUGGAGAGAAGCUCGCUGUUGCCACAUCCGAAUCAACGCCAGAUGCAGAGACCGAUUCAUCCAAUGAAGCAAAGAGCAAUGAUGGUGCGCCGGUCACCGUUGGCCAAGACGGCGAGGAUCGCAUGGCAGUGGACGCACCGGAUGUAGAUGAGGCAACUCAACCUCAAUUACCACCAGCAAUAAACGGUCAGAAACCUGACCGGUUCUUAGAAGUACUCAGCCCCAUCGUCAACGCUGUUCGAACUAUAUUCCCUGCAGAAGUAUGGGGCAAAAUUAGCCCCGAAUUUUUUGUGCUCUUUUGGUCUCUGCAGACGGGAGAUCUCGUGGUUCCGAUGAACAGUUAUGAAGCCGAGAUUACUAGGGUAGAGAAACAGUACACCGAAUUAAAACGAGAACGAGGCGAUAUGAGUACCAAGAAAAAGUCUCUUGAUGCCCUUAUCCAGCUUAACAAGGAUCUCUCUGCUGAAGCUAGUACCUGUCACGAACGAGUGAGCAAGACUAAGAUAUUACUUAUCAAACAGAGUCCACGAUGGUUUGUCUCAUCAGCAAAAGCAGAAUCUAUUGCUGAUACAUUCAUCGAAGAAUGCCUCAUCCCGCGAAUUUUACUAUCGCCUAGCGACGCAGACUUCUGCCACCGAAUGAUCCGGUUUAUGCACUCGAGUCGAGUGCCAAAUUUCAGGCUCAUGGACUUAUAUGACCGAUUCUUCGGUGUAAAUAGGCUGCGUUUGAUGAUAUUCGGCUGUACGGUUCGGGAAGCCGAAUUCCUCGGCCAUUUUAUUAAGCUUACAUUGGGUGACCUUGCAAAGUGGCACAAGGACAAGGAUGUGUACGUCAAAGAAGCAAUACAGAACGGGAAAAUUGGGUUUGCAACAGCCUUUGAAGACAAUGGUAAACCGACAGCAUUCAUGGAACACGACCAAUUUCGCGAUCUUCUUUGGACAUGGCAUCGGAACUUAGCUACAGCUUUACGAGCUUGUCUUACUGGAACAGAAUGGAUGCAUAUCAGAAAUGCUAUCACAGUAUUGAAGGCAGGGCUCGAGCACUUCCCUGCUGUUGACUUCAUGGGUCGGCAAUUCCUACAGAUACUCGGAAAGAUUGCUGAACGUGAAGAUGCAACAAAGAAUGGAGGUGACGAUGGACAUAGUCACAGGGUGGACCUCUCGGUCACUGCGAACACCGCAACUUCAGCCCUCAAGAAGUACUCACCUAAAUGGGUCAUGGUCCAGGCCUUUCGGUCUAAUACAAGCGGUGACUCUGCAGAGGAUAAAAAAUCAACGGACCCUACUAAACCCGGCCAGCCAGGUCUCCGGCCAAAUGCGCCAGACUUCAAGCCUACCACGACAGGCAUGCCAACGCGGAUUAGGGCAAAUGCCGAAGAAGAAGAUGGCGAGGUAAAUGACGUGAAAGCAUCGGCUGGUGCCGAAUCUAUUAAGAAAGAUACGAAUUCUCGGCAGCAUACGCCUACCAACAGGGAUACUACUCAAAAGCCAACAGCUGCUCCUUUACAAAAAAUCGACUCAAGACCAAUUCCAAGUCGAUCCUCGACUCCAAGAUCUAUACCUCCUGCGCCGCCUGCUUCGGUAUCUAGCCAAAGGGUAGAUUUGUCCCGUCCUUCAACUCUGGCCCCUGCUCCUGGACUGCCUAGCCGACCAGAAGUGCCAUUUCCCGCACACUUCACGCACGACAAAUUUGGUCAAAUUACGACUUCUACACAUCCUCGCGAUCAUAGAGAGAGCAGGGAUCCAAGAGAAGUGCGAGCUGUAAGGGAUCCGAGAGAGCUACGUGAUUCUAGGGAAUUAAGAGAUCCAAGAGAUCCUAGAGAUCAGAGGUCGUCGUUCCGAGCUCCAGAUGAUUCACGUUUAGCUCGAGUACGAGACCAGCCAGCUGGGGAUCGUCGCAUUCCUGAAAAUAUUCCAAGGGAGUCUCCAAGAUCUGAGAGAGAUCGUUCUUCACACAGACCAGAAACCGGCCGGCGAAACGAAUCAAAUACUCCCGAUCGGGAUGGUCGCGGCCCGCGUGACCGCUCCGUGCCUUCAGGCGGUACCAAUCGAGGACCCGAUGCAACUAGAGCGCAACGUGACAACACAGUGACCACAAAUCCUAUGCCGCCCCCUCCACAGCCAGAGCUGCAAGGCCCAACGGUAAACCCGGAACGCGCACGCCUCAUCAACGCAGAUCGUCCAGAUGAGCGCUCGAAUAUGGUAAACCCGGCUCGUGCGGCUCUAAUCAACGAAGGCAGGCCCAGUAGUCGUCAAGCCAGGGAAGAUAGCCGAGAUCGUAAUAGCUCCCGCCCAGUAUCGCCUCGGCGAGAUAACCGUUCGGACCCUCGACCUAACGACCCAUCCCGUGACCGGCCUCACCGUGUAGAUCAUCCGCCUCGUGAUCAUUGGAAUGAACCACUGCCAGCUACUGGGCCAAAAGGCAGUAGGAUAAUUGAUCACGAAGGUGACCGAGGCAUAGCCGAUAGGUCUCGCGACCCUAUCACAUUUCAAGGGCCACCUCAUACAUCUAGGAGCGAUUCUGAUCAUGGCCGACUAAACAACCAAGAUCCGGAAUACGGCCGCCUAAGUUCGAUUCCCUCGAUUAGUGACGCAACUAAUCCUCCCGAGGGGCCACGUGGCCGUGGUCGUAACUCAACUCGCGCCCCAGCAAACAACAUCCCGGGACGACCAGAUCCCAGGUUUCCGAGCAACGAGCCUCACCGGCCUACGUCACCAGACAGGCAUCACCCUCCUACUGGCCCCGCAUCGUCUAGGCCACGUCGAGGUCAAACAGGAGGACAGUAUGGCCAUGGAACUGGUCAGGCUACUUCUCCAACGGCUAAUAAUCCGUCAACGGGAAUACAUCCAGAAAGACUAAGACAAUUGAACCCAGGUAGUUCAGCUGGGCUAGUACCGUCCCCUCAGCCAACGUACCCAGUUCCUAUUUCCAACCCAGUCUCUGUGCAUCCAGAUCGAAUGGGCCAGAUUUCAGCAUCCCCUUCGGGUUCUCACCAAGGCAAUCGUUCUACUCUACCUCCUUUACAAACUUCGGAUCGAACUCCCAUGUCUGGACCGACAAGUCAUCGUCAACCGUCUGGAGGCCACCCAGGUCCCUUCGGGUCUGAUGCUAACAUAAUGGCCGCGCCUACCGGACCAGCAAACACUAAUGAACGUUCCAGGGCUGGUGGUGGGAGACGGCAGUUAUCAGGUAUCAACACUAUACUGUCUGGGGGGAGCCCCACUGUACGCUCGAGAGGUUCUCGAUCUAAUCUGGCUGGGUCUGACGCCCAGGUGCUCACGGGAGCAUCCCCCGUCUCUACACCUGUUCACGAGCGUCCAGAUCCCAAUUUACUGGUGGGUGAGCGCAAUAUGAACGGAGGAGAACGCUCUGGGCGAAAUGAUCACGAGCGAGGACGAAGAGAUCAUAGUAAUGCUGAUCGGUCUCUACGAUCCUCCCGCCGGAGCAGCCGGGAUCGCAGUACAGAAAGGGAUCAGAGACCAAAGGAGCACCGUGAUUACCGAGAUCGGAAAUCCAAUGCCGGGCUUCCCGGUCACGGAAGAGAAGGCGAGAUGGAACCUCCGCGCCGAUCCGGCCGGGAUUCUGCGGGUAUUGGUAGGGAGCCAAUGCCUGGUGCUGGGAGAGGUGAUUUGAUGGGUAACCCUCGUGAUGGGCCGCGAGAGCCGCGUCAUCGAGGGGAUGGUGGUAGUGGCAGACAUGAAGAUUAUGGACGUGGUCGAGGAGGAGGCGGACCAGGUGGAGGACAACGUGGAGGUGAUGAUCGUCGUGACGCAAGGGGAGGUGACGAUCGAGGCCGCAAGCGUCGAAGCGAUGAUUUCGGAGGACCCACCGAGAAGAGGCAGAGACGUUAG